CUUGGAGGCUACAGGGCACCCGGCACCAGAGAGAGCCCGGAGAAGGUCCAGGGGAGCUUUUUAGGCGCCGCGAUCCCUCCCCGGCCAGCUGAGCGUUGCCCUUGGACACGGGACGCAAACACUCGCGGACUCGUGGAGCUCCGAGAAGUCUCGGCACUGACCCCACGCGACGCGUUCUCGCUUGGACAGCCACAGCCCCAGUUCCCACGCUUUUCCAGUACCAGCCCCUCCGGAACCAGCCCCUCCAGACCCAGCCUCGCGGAAGCCGUGUAGCUCCGGCCAGACUAUGGCCAGCUCCGACUCCGAGGAGAGCAGCCUCGACACCCAGGAGGAGAGUUACAGCAGCCUUAGCUUCAGUCGCAGCUGCAGCCGCAGCCCCAUCAGUGCCUUCGAGGGCGAGUCCAGCAGCCAGCUGUACGAUGACAGCCUCGCGCCACAGAGAAAUCUUGGGAUUCCCAGGGCACUCAGUACAUAUAGAAGAGAGUCAUCAUAUUCCUUCCAGGAAUUCCCUAGGGAACAGAUCAUUCAAAGUUUUCCAAGAUUAUAUAUUGGAAUUGAUGCCUCAGUGCAGACAGAUGCCAGCUGGCUUCAAAGUCGAGCCAGGAAAAGACAAAAAGCAAUGGAAAACCAAUCCCAGAAGAAGAGUGACAAAGAAGCAAGAAGGAAAAAAAAACUAAAAAAAAUAAAGGGUGCCCUACGCAAAUUAGCAACAAUCCGUGUUUUUACUUCUUCUAUCUCUAGGCCAGUAGAGGUCACUCCUAGCACUUACUGCCCCUUACUCCGAGCUCGAUGGACAAUGAAUAAGAAAAUACAAGACUUGGAGGUUUUGUGUAACAUGGAGUUUACAGAUGACUUCCAAAUGUUUUUUGAACCAUUGUUGGAAACACUCCCACACGUUGGGCCACCAGCCAUUCUAGCAUAUAAACCAGAGCCUCCUCCACAGGAUGUCACAUUCAAGUGGCAAGUGGAGCCUCCUGCCUGCUGUGAGUUUUGUGGGCGUGAACUGGGAUCAUUUCCUUCCCUGGAUAAUGUUGAUUUUGACUCUGGACAUUCUGCGAAUCUCUUUUGUUGUCUUGAGUUCAAGAGGCUGUUUGAAUAUAUUCUCCACGAAAGGGAAAUAUUGAAAACAAUGCAACCACCAUUAGAGUUAAUCCCCAUUGGUCCUCAUCCAGCCUUUGGCAGUGAACAGGAAAAAAUAAGGGCCAAAGAAAAGGCCUUUCGGAGAGAUUGGGGAAGAAAGGAAGGAGAGAUGGUGAAGAGGGGAGAGAGAGAGAUGACCGAUGGCUGGAGAAGACAACAAGAGAGACAGAUGACUAGAACCUUUGCAUUCAUGUCAAUGGAGCCUGAAGACGUUAAUUUAAAGCAGGUUAGGACAAUAAAUUACCACCUUUCCCGGGACCCCACAGCAAAAAGGAAAACUCCAGAAGACUUUAUUAAAACACUGGAAGAUCGAUGUGUUUUGACUAUUGAUUGUGAUCAAAUUUGGACAUUACCUGGCAUACGGAAAGUAGAAAAGGAGUUCCUUAAAAAGAACUACAAAAAUGGAAAAAAGUUCCUGACCAUGUUUCCAGAUGGCACAGCCCAAAUAUUCUACCCUUCAGGAAACUUAGCAGCAAUCGUUGUGAACAACAAGGUAAAAGGUUUCACUUGUGUGAUCCAAGAUGAUGCGAGCGAAAAAGCUGCAAUUAGGGCAAUAUUUAAUUCCAGCGGCAAAAUCACCUGCUACUAUCCCAACGGAACCAUCUGGGUUAACAUCAAUCUCUUUGGAGGGCAACUUUCUGACCAAGAAGGCAACAGGCUGCGGGUUUGGAAGUGGUCCAGCACCAAAAUUACACCAAAGCCCAUUGUUUCGUUUAAACCAAUAUUUUUGGCUUUAAACAAUUAUCUGGGUGUCCGGAUUUUGGAUCAAGACAAGAUCAUUGUCUCUUUUUUAGCGCUGGGGAAACAGGCAAGAAUGAACUUGGGGACGAAGCUACAGAUCCUGGUUCAUGAAGAAGUGCCCAAUCUCCGCUAUUUCACUGAUGAGGACCUUUUUCUGCUUGCAAUCAUCAUAAGGAUUCGACGUUUGCUGAGCAAAAUUAAUCUGUGUAUUGCCUUUCCUAACAUUGAGAAUUGGUAUAAAAUGAAGACGCCUCCCUACCUUGCAACUCGUGCUAUGAGAUUACUCUCCCUCUGUCACUAUUAUGAAUUGGACGAUGAAGCAAUUUCUGCAAUAACUGACAUAUUAAAUGAACCAAUUUAACUAAGA